GUAGUCUGAUGGCCGAUUAGUAGGUGUUAUAUCGAAAUAUGAAAACUGGAUUUGCAAGUAAAUUAACUUGGUGUGGUGUAAUAGAAAACGGAAAUUGUGCAUGGCAAGUGUAAUUAAUAUUUAAUUACAGUAUAUUAGUGUAGUGAUUCAUGGAAAAUCUAAAUAUAUUCAUACAUAAAAAUAUUAAAAUGUAGCAAAUACAUAUUACCAGUUGGUUUUUAGAUUUACUCUGCUGUUUACUAUUUAUUAUAAAAAAACAAGGAAGAUAAUAAUGGCACAAUCUGACAGAACUGAUGAUAGCAAUUUAUUAUCCAAAACAGUCAAAACUGAAAGUCUUAAUGAUGAUGUUUCUACUCCUGCUGACAACAAUUUCAGAGGAAAAGCCAUAGACUUUCAAUUUUCUAUCCAGCCAAAAGUUGAACAAUGUGAAAUAAAAGAUGAAGUUGAGGAAUUAGAAUUUGUGGGAAAAGCUAUAGACUUUCAAUUUUCUAUCCAGCCAAAAAUUGAACAGUCUGAAAUAAAAGAUGAAGUUGAGGAAUUAGAAUUUGUGGGAGAAGCUAUAGACUUUUUUGAGAAUGAACAGUCUGAUUUAGAAGAAAGGCAAGAACCUGAAUCAAAGGAAUCAUAUUUGUGUGAACAAUGUAAUGUGGAAUCUUGUUACAAAAAACAUGACUUGCACGCAGAUUUUAUUCGUAUUACAACCAAACCAUUAAAUCAAUCAAAUCCAUAUGAAUGUGCUACAUGUAGCAUAAAGAUUUUGAAUCCUACAAUAGCCUUAUUUCAUUUGUCCCUGCAUGACAAAGACAGUUUCAGGUGCUAUAAAUGCAAUUGCAUUCUACUGGAAUUUUCUGAUUUUUUGGAGCAUAUAGAGAAACUUCAUUCUAAAGACAAGGAUUAUUUUCGAUGUGUCGAGUGUAAUUUUGUGACCUUCUGGCAUGUCCAGUAUGUUGCCCAUAAGAAUAAGUUUCAUAAACCAAAAGUGUUUCAUAAAUGCAAACUGUGUGACGAAUUGUGGCCAACCAGAAAUCAUAAUUUACAUGAGAAGAUGUUACAUAUUAGAAACAAAUAUGGAAGGAAUCCAUAUGUGUGCAAGAAAUGUGAGAUUGAAUUAGUUGAUCCCGAUGAAAUAUAUGAUCACUUAAAGAUACAUGGUGAUAUAGGAAUAUUUUGCAGUUUUUGUGCCUUUACUUCCGAAAAUCUUAAAGACCUUGAAAAUCACAAAAAAGUUAACCAUGCAGAAGAAAUUGAAAAACAAAGUAUUCUACGGGAAAGCUGUAAAGAAUAUAUGGAGAAUUAUAAUGAUGUAAAAUGUGAAUUAUGUAAUAGAUACUGGCCAGAUAAAAUUCAUAAAAAUCACGAAAAAAUGAUACUAGUUGAAAAACAAGUAACAGAAGAUAAUCCGUAUAAAUGUAAGACAUGUAACGAAAAAACAUGUGACCUACGAGAAGUUUACAGACAUGUGAAUCGGUAUUGUAGGCAUACGAUUAAAUGUCCAUUUUGUUCAAAAAAGUUUAGAGUGAGGACAGUUUUAGAUAACCAUAUUAUAAGAGAACAUCCAGAUAAAGAAUCCGUAAUGGGUAACCGUCUUUUAAAAUGCAAGCUUUGUGAAUAUUCAACAGUAGUACGUGGAUAUUUCAAAACUCACUUAAAUACCCACAAGAGUAUGGAAGAUAGGCAACAAUAUAACUGUAAUGAAUGUGAUUUUACAACUACGUCGUCCGCUUACUUAAAGAAACACAGACUCGCUAAGCAUCCGGUGGAGUCUGAUAAACUUUAUACUUGCGAUAAAUGUACUUACAGUUCACAUUUAAUGUCACGUAUAAAAAGUCAUUUAAAGACUCAUGUAAAUAAUGAAGUGUUAAAAUGUGAUAUUUGUAAUGCUUUAUUUACACGCGAAAGGGGUCUGCAAGAACAUAAAGCCAGGCAUUUUCAAGAAAAGCCGGAAAAGAAACAAUAUGUAUGUGAAAUAUGUGCAAAAGUUUAUACUUUUAAACCUUCUCUAGUACAACAUCUGUAUUGCGCCCAUCAGCAAGGUGACUUGAACGUCUACAUAUGUUAUUCAUGCAAAUAUAAAAGUUACAACAGAACCAAAUUCAUUGCACAUACGAAAAUGCAUAUGAAACAGGAGUUUUUAUAUUGCGCCAAUUGCGAAUAUAAAACUGUUAGAAAAUUGAAUCUGAUGCAGCAUAUGGUUAAACACAUGGACUCAUCGAAAAUGCAGUUGCACAAAUGCAAAGUGUGUUCUUUUAAGACAAAACGACCUCAUACUCUAAGAAAUCAUGUUAAAUAUACUCACGGAACAUUUUAAUAAAUAUCUAUACUAAAUUUUCAAUCAAGAUGCAGUGGAAAUAAACAAACCAAGACACGUUAAAUGAUACUAGGAGCACUCCCGAAUCAUAAUGUAUAAUGUAUAUACAUUGUAAAUCCCAAAUCAUGAUUUCCAUUUAUACAUUAUAAAUUAUAAUUCGAGACGGCUCCUAGUGGCAUUUAACGUGUCUUGGUUUGUUUAUUUCUACUGCAUCUUUAAUGUAAAUUUAAUAUAAUAUGCAGUAACCGCUACGCUACUAGACACUCGAGGUUUGUUCCAACUCGAUACAAAUCCGUUUUUGAACGGUGACGCGUAUGCGCAGUAACGAAAAAUGUGUUACUGCGCAUAAUUAUUCGUUAUUGCGCAUGGGCGCAACGAUUCAAGAACGGUUUUGUAUUGAGUUGGAACAAACCUACUGGUACAUUGAGCUAAUACAGUCCUGGACUCUUGAUUUGUUGCACUGUUUACUUUUAUCUGUAGUGACGUCUAGAAUGUCAGAAAAUGUAUAGAAACCAAUGGUGGCGUUCAGCGGCGAAUGAGCAUAAAGUGAUCUGGUAGGAUCACAUCUCGCUCCUUCACGCUGAACGACCUUUGCGUUGUGCGCUACAUCGAAUGAACAUCGAAAUUCGAUUCAUUCGAUUCGAAAAUGUAGCGGAGCGGUGUCAUCUUUUGGAGCACAUUUUGAGUGUAAUAUUUUGAGUGUAGCAUAAAAUGACGCAUGCGUAAAAGCAAUAAACAGUUACUUUUGGCACAGUUUUGGUUCCUAUUUUGAGUGAACCAGAUUUAUAAAGGUAUCUAUUGUAUAAUAUAAUGUUACCUGGUAGAAAAUAAAACAGUAGCUAGAUGAUAUCUGAUAAUUAAUUAAACUAAAAAGGGGUAUUUCCCUGGGUUGGCUGUAUACCCAACAAAUUCUAACAUGAAGUAAAACCACCUCUAUGUAAUAUGUAUAAUUUACUAAAAUCUUAAAAAAUCCCAAUUGAUUGAAUAAAAUAUGUUCAUUAAGAACGUUGUCAGAAUGAUAAUUAAUUAUUUUUUCUUUAGAGUUUUUAGAGUCGACAAAAUUACAAAAUAAAGUUUGGUUAAGUUCUUGACAGCUAAAUAAAAUAUUUGACAAACAAAUUGGAGCAAAAAUGUAGCGGAAUAUAAAGAGCAGUUCAUUCGAUGUAUCAGUAGCGUAAAUUGAUCACUCACCGCUGAACGCACCCAAUAUAAACAUAGAAAGUUGACAGUUUUUACGUUUAUAGAACGGUUAUAUUUGAAGUUUAUAGUUGUUAAUCACGCCUAUUCUGUAACUCAUUUCGAUGAUAGAAGUCAGUAAAAUCGAAUAGAAGUGGCCAAGUCGAAUAGAAAUAGUCCAAAUCCGUAUUCCAUAACUACUUCGGAAUCUCUACAAUCGUAAUAGUGAAUAGAAAUCACUUCGACAGCAUUUAUCCUGUCGAAAUGAGAUUUCGAUUAUCGGAAUUGUGGUUGACGCAAGCGCAUUUUGUUUUGUUUUGACGUUUGUAUUUUAUAUAUAAAAAUAAUUGAUUACUACUUAUUUUAUAAUUAUUUAUAAUGUUUGUACCUUUUCUAGCUGCGUAAUUUUUAGUCUGGGGUGUUAUUUGUAAUUAUAUAUUUAAUUUAGACUAGACAUGUUGUACGAGUAUGAAUUGGACCUUGGACCUAACCUUAUUUAUUUGCUUUGCUAUUUGGCUUGGCACUUAGACAAGGAACCUUGUCUAAGGCUUGGCACAUGAAUGAACGUUUGCCCCUCGCAGUGUUGCCAUAAUUUUGUUAGUUAUUUCUUAUACAAUUUCAAUCAACGUACGAUAGACUUCUGAUGCAUUGAUGGAUAAAUAUAUUAUACCAGUAUCAUUGUAUAACUAGACUCCUUUCUUAAACAAUGCCAGUACACUUGUAUAUUUAUCAGUCAACGCUCAUAGUCUGAACAAAUUAUAGAAAAGAUGCCAUUUUUGGGAAAAGUUGUUUAGCAGUUAUUUCAGCUCUAAUCGAAUCUUAAAGAUUGCAUAUUAUUAGUAAUAUCGAUUUUAAAUUAUAGAUUAAUAAUAAUGCAUUAAUAACAUCAAUUUAAAUAUCUUUGAUUUAAAACCAUUUAUACUUCUUAUCUUCACUUAUCUUUUUUAUUUAUCAGUUUAUCUUUUUUUAUAUCAAUUUUAAUUAACUUUAAUUUAAAACCAUUUAUCCUCUUUUGAGCUUUUUGCAUCCAGUAUUUACACUAAUACUUUAUUUAUUUUUCAAAACUUGAGGAUAGUAUGAAGAAAGUAUGAAAACAUUGAGGAUAUGGCAACGGUGUCAAAUUUUAAAUUUAGAUCCAGUCACAGAACACUAAUUUCUCUGGUUAAUGCGGAGUUGCCACCACCUCAGAACCGCGUGAAAUAGAAGUCAGAGGUUUCGAUUACGAUAUGAGUUACAGAAUACCAAUCCAAACACAAAAAUGACGCGAUAGAUAUCAAACAUUCCGAUUUUGGGUAAUUACGAUUCGACUUGGUCAUUUCUAUUCGAUUUGUUAAAAGUUACAGAAUAGGGCUGAUUAUUGUUUUAAAGUUGUAAAAGUUAUUCGCGAACUCAAUCGACUGUAAUAGAUGGCAUUGCAAAAUGGCCGAUGUAAUUGGGAUAAUGUAUUUUGUUAUGAUUAAUAUUGUUAUUGAUGUAAUUAAUUAAUAUAAAUAAGCGGCAGCACCAUCUCUUGUGUUCGCGAAUAAACUAUUGUAAUAUUGUUGGUGUUUUAACUGCAAUAAAGUUUUUUUAAAAGCAGGGUAACAAUACUAUUAAUUAAUGUAUUUUUUGUAUGGAAGAACAAUUAUUUUAAAUAGUUUCAUGGCAGUCACAUGAUACGACAGACAUGAAAGUAACAGGUGAGAAUGGACCGGAUUAGCCCAAGCCUAGCAAUUAGGUACCCGUGUAUCUACUAGCGUGACGCUUACUGUAUAUUUAAGGCACACGGAGCAGAAUUGAAAAAGCGUUGAUAUGAGUUUAAAGGCCAAAUUUUAAAUUUUAUGUUUAUAGAAGUUAUGACGGUAGAGUGUUUUGUCCCUCCGGUAUUCAGACAAUGUUACGCUAAAUAUGUCUCAUAUAUUUUAAAUUAAUUGUAAAGCUCGGUACACAUGCGAGCCGAGCUGUAUGCGAACGCUAUAUUCGUAUAAUUUCGAACUGAACUAACCGUUUCAGAGCUGUUCGUUCGUCGCGUGUUUCGAACCAUGGCCUGUCGGUUUUUGGGGCGAACACAAAGAGUAUUCGCAGUUUAGUUUGGACCGCGUACGUAGCGAUAUUAUCUGGUUCGUUUUGUUGAAUCGAGAUUGUAUGAACAAUAUAAUCAUUUUUUAUUUUACAGUGAUAAACAAAUAAUUGCUGUUUUUAUUGACAUUUAGAACGUGACUUGAGAUAAAAUUACAAAUGAAAUAAUGAAUCAUUUACAUAAACUUUGCACAAUUGUUGGUUCGUAGUUGGUUAGCGCUUUCCAUGGAUCGUGAUAAGUUACGAUGAGUUCGCUGUAAAUAUAUUUUCAACCAACUGUACGCAAGCACUUCGCACACAGUUCCGCUCGCAUAUGUGUACCCAGCUUAAGAAAUGCCAAAUAUAAUUGAAUUUCAAUGUGACUAAAUGUACUUAGUUGUAAAAAAAAUAAUCUCCUUGUAAAUUCCUUAUAUAUUUUGAUUUUUAAAUUUAGGGUUUGGUAUGACAUACCACAUUGUGGCAUGUACAAAUUUUCAGAAAAUAAAUUUUGUAUAAGUAUAA